AUGCAACCCUUCUCGUGCUCAAAAACAUAAAAUAAAAAAUACAAUCCCUCUCUCUUUCUCUCGGCGGCAAGAGAGACAGACAUGGCGAGCAUGCCUAUAACCUUACCAUCGUCCUCUUCUGUGCUCGGUUCCAGAACACUCGAACUCCCAACGGUCGUCUCAGCUCAAUUUUGCAUAAGGUGUAAUCGAGCACUCAAAGUCUCCUGCAAUCACUCGUGCUUCGAAGUAAGGGAUGUUAGCUAUCGGCCUCCGGGGACCCAAAUCAACCUUUUGAAUGAAGUUAACAUUUGCCUUCCUGAAAAAAGUUUUGGCUUGAUUUUUGGACGGAGUGGAAGCGGAAAAACUACACUCUUGCAGCUUAUUGCAGGGUUGACCAAACCAACAUCAGGCUCCAUUUAUAUUCAAAGAUAUGAUAACGAUGGCAAACCAAAUCAAUCUCCUGAACAAUUAACUCCAGAAAGAGUUGGUAUUGUUUUUCAGUUUCCUGAGAGGUAUUUCAUAACCGACAAUGUUCUUGAUGAAGUCACAUUUGGAUGGCCAAGGCAGAGAGGUGACCUUCAAUUGAAAGAGCUUCUUGCUGCAAGACUCCAAAGAGCUAUUAUUUCGGUUGGUCUGCAUGGAAUCCCCUUGGAUAAAGAUCCUCACUCCUUAAGUGGUGGCUACAAAAGGCGGCUGGCCCUAGCAACUCAAUUAGUACAGAUUCCCAAUUUAUUGAUAUUGGAUGAACCUCUUGCUGGUCUUGAUUGGAAAGCACGUGCAGAUGUUGUAAAGUUAUUGAAACAUUUAAAGAAAGAGCUAACUUUACUUGUUGUCAGUCAUGAUCUCAGGGAGCUAGCCUCUCUAGUUGAUCACUCUUGGAAGAUGGAAAUGGGUGGAGUACUUAAGGAAGAGCCUCUAUCUGUUCAGUAGUCUCAGUGUAAAUACCUUGUCAACAAUCGAUUACAUGCAUGAGGAUUCAAUGAUAGAUUGCUUUGAUUGUCAAAGGAGACAUAAAUGGAGAUAGCUUAGGGAAAGGGGAUUUAAAAAGGAGAGAUUUGGGACUGGUGAAAGAGGGAGAAAAGGGAGGAUGCUUUCAUUUAUCAAAAAAAAGGAAAAAAAAAGGGGGAGGAUGCUUUGAUCAUAAUUGUUAAUGAAUAGGAGCCUGGUGGUGGUUGCUAGAAGGGUCUGAGAUAGAGGUGAGCAGAAGAUACAUAAAGAAAGAUACAAGAUUUUGGUUGGCUAUUCUUUGUCAAUAUCAAAUCAUGUGGACAAAUUGAGGAGUGUUUUUACUUUUGUGUACGUGUGCUUGGAGAUGGUUUCACAAUACAGGGAUGUAUGUGCAGUUGGUCAUUCAUGAAGAUAGGUGUACACAUUAAUGCAAAUAAUUCUGUUAUGUAGGUCAGUCAUCUGAUGAGUUUGUGCAUUGGCGUGCAAUAGAUUUAUUCAACUGCUGACGGAUGCAUAUGAUGAGAGAGUAGAUAUAUGAGUGUUAUUAGAUUCAUAUACACCUUUAUUUUCUAUGUGCAACAGUGAAAGAGCACGUGAUCUAUUACGAAUUAUUUUACAAGGUAUUUGGCGAAAAGUCCACUAUGAA